AGUAGGAUGUAGACGUCUUGUAAAAGAUGCCUGGAAUUUUACACAACUUAUUAGAAUGCACCAAUCAGGGUCCAGGUAUUAAAAGUGAUGACAUGUACAUAAAACAGGAUUUGUAAAAGAAAUGUAUAACACAACAAACAUGUUCUUUUAUGUCAGUGCACUUCGGCUUUAUCCACUUUGUUAAGCUGUGCGUGUUUUAGCAGAACCACAGUGAGUGUCCGUGACACAGUUGAGAAGUGAGAAAGCCGCUAACCAUUUUUAGACAGUAUACUGCGUGUGAAAAGAGCGUUAUAUAAAAGACUGUAGGUGCUUUUUUGUCUUUACUGCCACCCACAGCAAGCAUUUACAAGAGUGCUUAAACCCCCAGUGAGUGAGGAAGUGUUUUUGGUGUUUUGGACUUGGGCGAUUAGUGUUGAGUCAAUAGUCUGAGGCGAGCUGCAGCAAGAUGAAACAUUUGUAUACUAACAGAGCAAUGUGGUUCUCCGGAGUACUGAUCUUUGGGAUUCUUCAGGGUGUGUGUGUUGUUUUAGCUGAUACAAACACAGUGGUGUACAGAGCUCCUGGAAGCUCACUGGAUCUAACGGUGAAACAUCCUAAAGACUCAGUGUCAAGUGUAAAGUGGCUCUUCAAUGAGAAUCUGAUUUCUACAUACUCUCAAAAGGAAGCUUACUCACGCCGGGAAUCCCAGUUCACUGGACGGUUAAAAGAAGAUAGUGAUAAAGUUGGAGUAACUGUACAAGAUCUUCAACCCCAAGAUGCUGGGACAUUCACAGUGGUUGUAGAUGGAACUGAAAAACAGUAUCCAACAGAGAAAUUUACUGUUUAUAUUCAAAACCCCAUAAUAUCUGUGCAGAUUGAGAAGAAUCAGACAUGGAAAAUGUCCACAAACAGCUGUGAUGUCGAUGUGAAAUGUGCAGCGCUCGGAUCUGAGAAUGUUUCCUACCUGUGGAGCGGCUAUAAGACUGCUAGUGGAGCUCAACUGCACUUCACUCUCUCACCUGCAGGAGGAGCUGUUACACUGAACUGUACUGCAAAUAACAGCGUCAGCUCCAGUUCUGCUUCAGAGACACUGAGCUGUAUUGAAAAUCCCAGUAUCCCAGACAAUCCUCUUGAGUCGAUUUUAAUACCAGCAGGAGCUGCUUUUCUUUUGCUUAUUGCUGUUAUUCUAGCAACGACCUUCUGGUGGAGAUCUCACAAAGCUCACAGUGUUGAUGAAAGUGGACCAACAGUGUAUGCAUGUGUUGGUCCUGGAGCCACUGCUCAGAAAGAUAAACGCUCAGACAGUGUUAAUAACGGAACGACAGUGUAUGAAACAGUGGAUGACCUGAGAAAGACACCUGAUAUGACUAUUUAUGCUAAGGUGACAUUUCCUCAACAUGCAAAGGUCAGCACUACCUCAUCCUCACCAUACCAGCAAGUUUGCUGAAAAAGAAAAAUUACUAUCAUUUAUUGUGUAUGUACUGUUCUUUCUUUUGUUCAAAUAUUUUCUCAUAUGUCACCCUGAUGUCAUGUUUAAGGGUCAUUUCAGGUGCAAUCCUAAAUGUGUCUGAGGCCAGGAUAUUAAUGGUCAUUAUCAUUUACAUGGAUCUACUACAGCACUAUAUAGUCAUGCAGUUGAAUACACUCAUUUUCACCUAAAAUCAUAUUAAAUAUAAUGCAAAUCCAUGUAUUUAAUUGAGCAAUCUGAUAACUUAUAACUUCCAUCAUGACCAGGUACUUCACUAGUUUUCAGCCUGUUGACCAUAUCUAAUGAAAAAAAAAAUUAAAAGUACCUCUCAGGUCUAAGGCCCUGAUUUCAUGCAUUUAGUCAAUAAGUGGGUAUGCAGUUCAUCAUAAAAGGAUUAAGCAUGUAAUACUGAUUGAUUAAGCAUAUAAUACUGUUAUGAUAGUUUAAGACAGGAAAUGUACUGGAAGCUACCAUCUCCUUAGGAAAGACUGUUUGAUGCUAAUAAGUAUCAAACAGUCUUUACUAAGGAGAUGGUAGGGCUUUGCUUACUCCAAGCUAAUCCAGCAGAUAAAGUUCAUUGCUUAUCUUAAUUACCAAUUUGUUUAUCCACUUAGCCUUUGUUUUUGAAGAUAAAAAUAUUGGCUAGUAAACAACAAAGGCUACAUUGCUUAUCCUUACAAGUAUUACAGAUUGAACUGUACAUUGUAUAUCACUGUAUAAACAUUUUAAUACAAAGACAAAUAAAAAUUGUAAUUAAUAAA